AUGUCGACCACUUUCAUACGAGUCUUGAGUCCGUUGGCGGCUUUAAGACAUCGUCCAUGGCCAUCAUCACCAGCUGUUGCGCCUCAGCUUGAUAUCAAGGAGUCCAUCGAAGAGGAAAAGACACCAUACUACAGCCCUGCGAAGUUUUAUCCGGCUCAUAUAGGAGAAGUUCUCAAUGACAGGUAUCAACUCGUAACAAAACUUGGAUAUGGCUCUAGUUCGACCAUCUGGCUGGCUCGUGAUCUGAAGCAGUGGCUAUGGUUAAGCGAUAAAUACGUCGCCUUGAAACUCAAUGCUAGCUUGUAUCAAGAAAAAGGUGAUACUGCUCAGUCUGAACUGGAAACCCUCAGACUCAUAUCCGGCAAGAACCCCAGUCAUAAGGGCUAUCCCUUUGUUCGACGUCUCCUCGAUUCAUUUCAGUUCCAACAUGGGUCAAGAAAAUGUCAGACUUUGGUAUUUGAGCCUCUAAGAGAGCCCCUUUGGCUUUAUAAAACACGGUUCAUUGGGGAUACUAUACCCUCAGAUGUGUUCAAAAUCAUGAUUCAAAUGAUCCUCCAGGGGCUAGAUUAUCUCCAUACUGAGUGCCACAUUAUACACACAGAUCUGAAGCCGGAUAAUAUAAUGGUGAAAAUUGAAGACCCAUCAAUUUUGGCGAAGGAUGCUGAGGAUGAAUACAAAAACCCACUCCCACAAAAGACCUACCACGAUGGUCGUACUAUCUACUUAUCACGAAAUAACUACGGACUGACUAGCAAGACUACUGGAAUGACUCAAAUCACAGAUUUUGAUCUAUCUGUUAGGGGUGACAGGCCCAAUUUUGGGUGCAUACAAGCAGAAAUUUAUCGUGCACCAGAAGUCAUUCUCGAUGCUGGCUAUUCAUAUAGUGCUGAUAUAUGGAAUCUUGGCAUGAUGUUAUGGGAUGUGCUCGAGGGCAACGCUCUCUUCAAAGACAUUGAUCCACUUCAUGUCGGUUGCUAUAAUGAGCAGAAUCACUUUGCACACAUAAUAGCACUACUCGGACAGCCUCCAAAGGAAUUAUUGGACACUGGGGAGUUUACCGGUCCUACUGUCGACUCAUCGAGGUUUGACUUUGAACAAUCUCUCAGCAAGAUCAGAGGCCAAGAUAAGAGAAUGUUUAUCGAAUUUAUCCGAAGGAUGAUCAACUGGGAUCCCCAAGAACGAAGCACGGCAAGGGAGUUACUUCAGGAUCCAUGGCUUCAUACUGAAUUCGAGGGAAAUUAA